AUGUCGCCGGGUCUCUUGUCACUGACGAGUUACGUUGUUCCGCCCUCCUUGACGCCGGAUGCCCUUUCAGCCGCCCUGACCGUCGCACUAAAAAGUUCUCCGACGCUGAUUCUUCGCGGGCUGCUUGAGAAGCGCCUGUUUCCUUCAGCUGCGGGGGUUGGGGCGAAGCUGCUUUCUCUGCUUCUCCUAGAGCGUUUCUUCCUUCUCUCUGCGCCGUACCGUGCGGCGGUCGCUGCCUCCUCUCUGUUUUCGUCUUCGCCGCUGGGGAAGGUUUGUUCGAUUCUCUCCGAUCUCUCUCUACUCUGUCUCUUUUCCUCUCCGGAGGAGAGCGACGCGCAAGCCUCGGCUCCGUGGCUGUUCCACGUCCCCCCGUCCCCAGCGCCCAGUGCAAAGAAGGGCGGGAAGCCGACCAAAAGGAAGAGCGGCGCAGAAUCCCGUCUCUCCUCGCAAGUCGCGAAGGCGCAGCGGCGGGCGCUCCGCUUCUUCCCCCGGGACGCACUGCCUGCACACCUGCGGCUCUGUGGCCAGGCGGCCGCGAGGUGUCUCUUUGCAGGUGUCUCCGUGUCGGGCGCUGACCCGCCGCAGGUCGUGAAGAAGUUCCGGUCUGCCGUUUCUCACGUGCGCUCCGUCGGUUUGAGUUUCGUCAAAUUCGCUUCCCCCCGCGCGUCGUCGUCCCCUCUUUUCUCGCCCUCGGCCCUUCUCGCGCCUGUCCCCUUCACCCUCGAGGAACUCCGGGAGGCAGUCUCCAUCGACGAGCCGCUCCUGGCCGCGACGCUCCUUCUCCAGCAAGUCGACCAGGGCUGGCUUGAGCCGCUGUCGGACUUGGCGUCUCUCGGCGAGCAGAGCCUCCCUUCCGCCGAGAGAGCGCUCCUCGCCGCAGACCGGGACACCCUAGGAGGCGCAGGGCGGAGCGAAGACGGCCGCGGGGACCAGCCGGUGACCGUCGAGAGCUCGAUUGGGCGAGAGAGGGAAGACGACUAUGGGGAGGACGGCUGCCGCGUGGACACGACGAACUUCCUGCCUUCCGAUUUAGACGACUUCUUCGCUAACAGAGAUCCAUCUUUCAGUUCCGUCGACGUCUCGCCACUCUCCACAUCGCUCGCCCCCAGCUCUCCUGUCGCCUUUCCCGCGCCCCAGGAGCAGCGAAAAAGCCGCCAGGCCGAUACGCCUUCGACGCGACUGCUGCAAGCGUCCCCCUCAGCUGGCCCUGAGGCCGCGCCUGCGAGCGUUUUGGUUUUCGAGGGAGACGCCGACCGCCUGAGCUCGGGGAGUCUCUCUUUGUCGCACGUUUCCUCGGUCUCGUCGUCCUGUUCGCGCGCUCGCCACGGCCUCGAGAGCGGAGAAACGCCUGCGCAAGCUCUGGGCGUCGCCGACGACGCCCGAGACGCAUGCGGCCGUGCAGCAUGGGUGCCUGUUCACGUCCCCCUGACCGCUGCAGCUAGCCAGAGACCCGAGAGUGGGAGUGAACCUGCGUCGACGCUUCUGUGUUUGUCGACUGCGGGACUGGAGGGCGGAGAAACCCGCAGGGAUCCAGGAGCCGGAGACAGGAAAGGCGGAGACCCAGAGCCGGUCGAAGCCGAGUCGCUCGCUACCUUCGUCGGCGGCCCCGGGCGAGGCGCCCACGCAGACUACUCGCAGGAGUCUACCCUCUCGGCGGCGCCGGACUUCCGCACUGACGAGACGAUGGGCGUCUUCAAAAAACACUCGAAGAAGACUCCGCCGGCGGCCAAGAGCGCCGCGACUCCGCCCCAGCCCGCGCGGCCCCGGCAGUCUCCAGGAGCCCCGGGCACUCGUGCCUCCACGCGCGCGGCCGAUGCGGGAAGCGAUUGCAGCGACGACAAGAAGACGCUCGAAGAGGUGCUCAGCGGGGCCCUCUCGGCGGCCGAGUUCCUCCAGGAAAUGGUGCGGCAAGAAGACGCCCAGCUGGAGACCUCAGACUUUGGCACGGCAGCUGAGCGCGCUCUCGACGAGUGCACGUCGAUGCUUGCAGGGUGCGCCUCAGUAUGCGGGAAGAAACAGGCUCGGCUGCAGGAAGAAGCGGCGAAGGCGGUCGACGACGGAAGAAUGGACGACUUUGCUACCAUCAGCAAGGUCAUGGACCAGUUGAGCUUUGCGCUGGAGGCGUACGAGGGCGGGAAGCGUCGGCUCGAGCUUUGGCGGCGCGAGUCUGACGAGCUUCAGCAGGUGGAGAGAGAAGCAAAGAGUUCGAAAGACCCUUUGGAUCCCGCCCCGACGGAGUCUCCCGUCGCGGCUGUAGGCCGCACGGACUCUCCCGACUCGUCUGUCGCCUUCCCCUCGCAGUCCCCCUGGGACGUCGCCUCGCCGGCGAUUUCUCGGUCGGAGCCGCGUUCGGCGUUUUCGAUGCCUGUGGGAGACGACGCGGAGUCGGGAGGCGAGGAAGAAGAAGCGGUCUUGAAGCCCGCGAAGCCGGCGCCAUCGCGCCCUGCGCCUGCCUACGCGCCUCUCGAGUUGGUGCAGGACAACUGUUGGAGGAAAACCGAGAAAGAGAGCGAGAGGCAGAGCGAACCUGCUGGGCUCUCUGCGUCGUCGGGCGUCGGCGAGAAGGAGCAAAAGGAAGACGCCCGACGCGGCGAAGCCAAGAGCGCGGCAGAAGGCCCGCUGGCUGCGGCCUUCGACAGAGCAGCCACAAGUCUUGCGCGAGACGAGACGGGGAAGAAGGAGAAGAAGGAAAAGAAGAAAGAGAAGCCAGUUGAGAAGAAGCCUUCCAGGUCAAGGGACGGGGAGAAGAGCGACGACGCCGCGUCCGUAGGGAGCGGGACGCAGCGGAGACGGAAGAAAGAAGGACGAGAAGAGGGAAGGCGGAGACAGGAGACGAGCGAGAGCGUUCCUGCGUCGUCGGCUGCGAAGACCGAAGCUGAGACACGCAAGGCGGCCGCGCCUGCGGCUGCAGCUCCACAUGUGUCUCCGGCGUCUCUGCCUUCCGUAGCGUCCUUUGCGCAGAUCCCCGUGGGUUGGCCGGAGACGACGACUGACACUGGAGACGCGGAAGCGGAUUUCGCGGCGCUUCCGGGAGACCCUGACGAGUCCGAAGCGUUCCUGACGCCGUUUCAACGCACGAGAAGUUUCUUCGAAAAACAGGCGAAGAAAAACGCGCGAGCAGAGGCGUCGCGCCCGCCCUUCAACUCGGGCCGCCUCUCGGGGGAGGCGAAGCAACGCCCCGGAAAAGAGACACUGUCUGAAAGAAAGCAAGAGCCGUUCGAAUGGAAUGCCGAGGGAUUCGGCUUCGAAUCGUUCGAAGACGACAACUCUCUGUGGGAGGAGCGCGUCGGCGCAGGACGCGGCGAAUCCGCGCCUCUGUUGAGCACUUGGAACGCGUCUUCACUCUUCACAGUUCAAGAGGAAGACCGAUCGGAAGUCGAGGGCGAAGACGCCCGAUCAGCCGUCGCCUCGGCGGAGCCGCAGACUGCGCCUCCGCUCCCGGCACCUCGCGAGAAGAAAGGCAAGAGGGACGAGACGGAGAAGGAGCGCAGAAGGCGCGGCGAGUCUGGCGGCGGGGAAAUGCCCAGUCGAAGGGAGAAAAGCCGACGGAAUGGAGAGGCAGACUCGUUCUUUUCUGCGGCUGGCGCUCCGGAUGCCCCGAAAGAGAAGCGGAGGCGCGACCGAGGCGGCAGAGAGGCGACGCCUUCGCCCUUCGACUCCGCGCAGGCCGCGGGCCCUCGCGGCGAGGAUCUCCUUGUGGGCUCUGGGGGAGACGCAGUGCGGAGAGAGGAGACCGGAGACGCAAGCGACGGGAGCGCAGAAGGCUUCGACUGGAUCCGUGCGGCGUCGUAUCCGGUGCUGCCUUCGCAGCCGUCGAGUCCGUGCCAAGUGGGGCAAGGGAGAAACGCGAUGGAGGGAAGGAGUCGAGGCGGAGAGCGCGAGCAUCAGGCUGCGUCGUCGAUCACGACUCUCGACGAGAGAAGGCGUUCUUCGUCAGGUUCUUCCCCGUCUUCGCGCGGCCGCCGUCGGAGGCAGGUUUUGCCGUCGGGGGCGCACCAGGCUGCCGAGGAAGGCGAUGAGACGCACUCGCGUGCGCCUCCUCGUUUACAACCUGGACUCGCCUCCAAGCCAGGUAGACAUGGCCGGGACUCCUCGCCGCCGUCGGGGUCUCGGCCCUCGCGGCGGAGCCCGACGCGCGCUGCGUCGGCGCUGUCUCCGCGGCUCUCCUCGUACCCGCCCUGUCCCUUCACGGGUUCCUCCGCAUUUGCGCGGUCGCACAGCGAGAUGCGGCCGUUUCCUCGGAAUGGCGAGGUGACUUCCACUUUUGAAGACUUUGAGUUCUUCACGACUGCGUGCUCGGACCAAGACCUCUCUGGCGACUCCCCCUCGUUCCCCGCCCACUUCCCCGCUGUCUCUGGGUCUGCCGUCGGGCUCUCUGCACUGUCUCGCGACUCCGUCGGCGCGGCGCGGCGGAAACCCCGCGACCGCAGAAGCGGCGGCGAGCCUGGAGACAGUCUCCUUGCUCCGGAGCGAAGGCCGAGGGAGAAGCCAGGGAGAGGCGCCGCGGUGUGGGGCGACCUUCCGGCGCCGGCGACGGGAGAGACUGGCCCGGCGACGAGCGGUCUGCACUCCCGGGGCGCGAGCGCGAUUCCCCCCGAGGGCGACAGUGGUUUCGCCCAAGAGCGCGGGAGCGCAGGCUGGGAACGCGCGAGGCGGAGCAUCGAGGACGGGAAGGGGGCGACGGGCCCGGCGGGCCUCGAGGCGGAGGAGAGCGGGAGGCGGGAGGAAGACGCGUCGCGAUUCGAAGAGAAAGUGAAGCACCUUGAGGAGAAGAUCGAUCGGCUGCAGCGCCGGGAGAACGAACACUUUGCGGCCCUCGAACGGGAGCGGCGAGAAGCGGAGAAUCUCCGGCGGGCGAUGAAAGACUCGCUCGAGAGGAAGGCGCGCGAGUGGGAAGAAGAGCGAAACGACUUUCUGAAGAAAGAGGACGAACACGUCGCCAAGGUACAGAGUCUGAGUGGCCGCCUCGUCGAGGCGGACGCAGAAGCCAAGAAGCGAAGGGAAGAAAACGAACGGCUGAAAAACAACCUCCAGCAGAAAUGCGCCGCCCUCGAAAACGCGAAAGACAUGUGGCUGCGAGAAAGCGCACGCGCCUCGGCGCUCUCCGACCGACUCGACGAGGCGGAGGAGAAGAUCGCGGACUUGGAGACCAAGUUGGCGUCGCUGUCGGCCAAGUACGCGGAGAGUCUGCGCGAAAUCGAAGCGUUCAAAGUCCUCGUAGAUCCUCGAGGCUCGAGCAGCAACUCGAGUCGAGGUGGGCUGCAUGCGUCGCCCAGCGUUGCGUGCUCGCCAGCGGCCUCCGGCUUCUUCCCUUCUGGACGGGCGUCUCCGUUUCCGAGUGAAGCUUCGCGCAGUUCAAGGAAGAGUUUGAAGCCCGAGUCGGCGCUCCCCUCCGCCCUGGAACUCCGCGCCGGUGUCUCCGUUUCGGCGGCCCAGGCCUCUCAGCGCGGCGAGGGCGAGAGACGUGGCGCGGAUUUCAGCUUGGCGAGAGACGGCGCGUGGAAGAGCGACGAAGUGCCGCGCGAACCGGACGGCAGAUUCGUCUCGGCCCAGGAACUGUGGGGCCGCGAAGACGCCGGGCGAAACGGAAGGCGACAGGGAAUGGCGGAGGUCGUGCAAGUCGUCAAUGGGUUUGGAGACGACAACAUGCUCGGCGAUGCUUCGAACCCGCCGCCCUUCUCGUUCUACUCCGGCCCACCAGAGGCUGCGAGGACGGCUGGAGCUCCGCAGUCUUUUUCGCUCUCGACGCUCUCUGUCGCGUCCAUUGGAAGUCGACACGGAUCUGUCGCCUCGAGAAGAGAACGCGAAGACGCGAGGGCGCACGCGGGAAUGGUCCUCGUCAGCGACAACUUGCGCCGCCUCCUCCUCGUCGACGACGCUCUGCUCUUCGAAGACGACACCAUUCAGAUCGGCAUCAAGAGUGCGUACACCGGAUUGACAGGUCGAGUGUCGAUUUACUACGGCAACAAGACGAGCGGCCUCUUGCAGAACUUCGCGACUUCCUUCUUGAAUCCACAAGCUGAGUCGCUUCUUCUCCAAACUUCUGCGAUGCCUGCCAUUCUCGCGCCUAAGCAACAAAUCUGCCAGGAAGUGGCGCUCGAGUGUUUUGCCCCUUUCGACGAAUGGCCUUCGCUGCGACUGGAUUUUCUACUCGCCGACAAUACACCUCGCAGCGUGGCCGUUACGCUUCCGAUCGCUGUCUCGAAGUUCACGGAGGGACGCGACGUGGGCGCCGAGGAGUUCUUCGUCUUCUGGAAAAACGAGAGAUUCGUGUUGAAGGAAACCUCCUGCGUCGUCAAUCUCCAUCCGCGGUUCCGGGGAUCCCUGCUCACCGUCGCGCAGGCGUCCCAGCUGGGCAGAGCACUCUCGCUGUGUCGAAAGGUUGACCCGAACCCAGAGAACCUCGUCCUGGCCGGCGCGUUCCCUCCCAGCGCCUCCGACCAGGCGAUUCCUCUCUCGAUUGUUCUCGUGCGCCUCGAAAUGGGCCGCGGCAGACACCACGGGAAAUGCCGCCUGGUCGUGCGCUCCGACUGCCACGUCCUGAGUCGCGGAAUUCGAGAUCUCAUUAGUCUCCAAAUCGCCACGCCGCAACCUGCCGCCUUGCCUCUGUCUUCCAGCUGA